AGGGAAGGGAAGGGAAGGGAGGGUUGCUGAGGCGAACAUGACACCGGGAGCGCACCAAAACAAGCCAGUGUGAGCACGCUCUCGCACGUACCUGCGCGAGCCGGAGAGCUGCUGUGUGCGCGAGAGGGGAGACCGACCACCGGUGGGGAAAGGCGGAUUGUUGAACGUGACCAGCGCCCGCGUGUCCUUUGUGGAUUCUGUUAGCAAAAGAAAAAAAACAACAAAAGGAGCAACUGCAGAGAGCAGACAUAAGGAGGGCGACAGACAGAGCACAAGACUUCCCCAGAGACCGAUGUGCUGAGGUAGACGGGCCGACCUACAUCCUGCAGUCUGUGUGGAGAUCUGGGACAUUGAUCCGCCUUCUUGGCUCAACCAAACCUUUAACAACCAACAAAGGCCAGAGGAGAACAGGAAAUCGGAGUGAUCUGAUCCAUUUAUGGUCUGUUGGACAUUGAACAGAGGACCCUGCGAGAGAUUAAAUGAGGGUUGCUAAUGCUGAGCUUCAGCCUUUCUUUAUCUUUUUGUCUUAUUUGGACACUUGAGUUCCCUCCUUGUAUCAGCGCCCCGGAUUUGCAAUAAAUAAGACGAGAAUGGAAAGCCUGACAUCAGCCCUCAAAACAUUGAACAAAAACUCAGGGAGUGACGUUGAGACCUUCAGCAGUUAUGAAGAGUCUCUUCCAUCCCUCCAAGGGACGCCGUCCCGAUUAGGGCGCAUGGUCAAACCCAAGCCCAACGUUACCUGCAGGCGGAAGCGCGAGUUCAUAUCUGACGAGAAAAAGGACGCCUCCUACUGGGAGAAACGCCGUAAAAACAACGAGGCUGCCAAACGCUCGCGGGAGAAGCGGCGCCUCAACGACAUGGUCUUGGAGAACCGCGUCAUCGCGCUGAACGAUGAGAACGUGAGGCUCAAGACGGAGCUGCUUCAGCUGAAGCUGCGCUUUGGCCUGAUAAGCACGGCGUCCUACAUCGAAAAGAGCCAACAAAUCAGUGUGAGUAGCACCCCAGGAAAUGGAGGCUCUUCCUCGUCAUCCUCCUCCAGUCAGUAUUACUCCACUGGCUACUCCAGCGGUUCCCAGAUGAUGAUGAACUCUGACUCCUCUGAAACGGAACAGUCGGGAAGGGGUGAGGACCGCAGGCAGUUGGUGAAAUACUCUCCGCGCGGCUCCCUCUCGGACAUGUCGGAUAGCUCGUCACGGGACAGCCCAGAGCCCAUCCCCUUCGAGAUCAAGCAGGAGGGCGACCGGCUGGAGAUGGACAUUGCCAAUGGCACCACCACCCAGAUCAUGUUCAACAUCCACCGUGGCCUGGCCUCCGUACCGGCACACCACCAGAUUCAGCAGCACCAGGAGAUGGACGCCGCGUAUCGCAGCCAGCAGCAAGAGCACCAGCACCUCCUGCAGCAGCAGCGGCCGCCCCACCAGGAGCCCGUCCCAGCUGUCCAACCCGUCGGCCAGGCCGCCUCCCGCCCGCCGGCUGCCCAGAGGAGCGUAAUCCUGUACGGCGCCAGCAGCGCCUCCUACCCCGUGGACGCCCUGGCCAGGCCGCAGGACGUCGAUAUGCAGGCGGCGCUGAAGCAGAGCGGCCAGAUCUGUGUCGGCCAGCUGCCGCAGUCAGUCGCCGAGAGCUCCGCCGAGAGCUUGGCCGAGGUGACGGAGCAGCUGGAGAGGAAGACAUUAGACUCCCCUCCGUAUGAGCUGUCAGACAGCUGCGCCGAGGCCAAAGAGAAACAGGUGUUCCGAGUGUGCCAGCUCGCCCCGCAGCAGCUGGAGCAGCAGCAGCAGCAGCAGGACGGCGAUUCGUCCGCAGACAGCGUCAGCCACUCCCACCUGUACCACCAUCUCCAGCAGCCUCAUCACUCAUAUCUCAGCGCGCAAGAUGAGGAGCCGCCCGUGCUGAGCUAUGAGGGUGGGCCCAGAAUCGAGGCCUAUUAUCAAGGCCAGUCGGUCUCCUCCAGCAAAGACACGUCAAGCGAGGGGGAUCCCUGCAGUCCGGACAAAGAGGCUUCCACAGACGAUGACGAGUCGCCCUCUUCGUCCUGCUCAGACGUGGGCGGCUACCACAACCAACGUCUUUCUAGCGUCCUCCAACCCGCGUCGCCCCUGCCCCAGUACCACGGCUGCCCCCAGGUCCAGGGCUGGGAUCCGCAGGGCGAGGUGCGAGGGACGGCGCUGCCGCACAAACUCAGACUGAAGCACCGGGCCAUGAGCACCGGGAGCAGCGGGGGCAACUGCUCGGGCCAAGAGUCCCCGACCUCUCCUUCCUCUACAACACCCCCUCCACUCCCCCAGCACCCUUACCUGUCCCUCUCACCGCCACAGAACAUUAAGCGAGAGGGCCCAGGGGGCACCUGCAAACAGAUGGCGUCAGCGGAAGGGACGAGGAAGGAGGGCGGGAAAAAGGAGGCUGGUGGACGGCGAAACAAGAGGCAGGAUUGAGUGACUUUCACUCCCGAAAUCCUCUAGGAACUACUCUGCCAUCAUGCCUUUGCCCUACAAUCAAAUCGCCUCCUUUAGCUCCUGGGACAAGAAACUGGGCUUUUUUUUUUACGUCUUCACCCAGUUUCACCAGUGGGCUUCACUUACUGUAGGGCUGUAUCAUAUUUGUGUAUAUUGUACAGAUUUUGUCAUUUCUUACAUCCUCUCCAUUCUUAGAGAAGCACUUUUGUUUAUGUGAUGAGAGGAGGAAUGGAACCAGUUUUUCUACUUUUGUCAUUCAACAGUAUCCAGCAGAAUACAACAGUUAAAAGCACAUUUUGGUAACUCACAAAAAAGGAAUGUAGACGUAAAAGAUCAAGCUUUAUCAGUAGAAUAAAUUUGGUACAUAUCCAGCUGUAGAUUAACAUACACAAGUAUGGCACUUUGCCUUAACUUAAAUCAAAUGCAAGCGUUCACUGGGGAUAUCCCCUUGACCAAAGAAGCACCAACUCCACCAACACUUCAACCAUCUAGUUCCACACCCUCUUCCCAGACCCUACCUCUUACCAGCCCAUACUCUCCAAAACCAUUUCCAUUAUCUCACAAAAGACCGCCAUCUCCUUUAUUUUUUAAGCACUUGGUUUGUAUAUAACGGGGAUAUAUGCAUAUAUGUAUCUAUUAUAAACAUAUAUUUUGGAAACAACUUUGAAUACAACUUCAACAGUGACAAACCUGCGAUGGGCUGAGAGGAUUCUGAAAGCGAGCACCUGGCGAUAAAUCUCAAUUACUGCACAGCCACAUCAUCUACCGCUACAGGACCAAUAGAAAAAUCAUAAAUCUCUCUGGUGAUUGUUAAGCUUUGGCAUUAAUCAUUGGUUAAUGCUGUGUUUACACAGAAACGGCGGUCCGAUUUAGGGCGCCAGCAGCACUGAACGGAGAACAAGUUGUUCCCUGAGGCAGUGGCCUCAUUAAAAUAUUUCGAUCUUCAAACCUUUAACCAGCCUUUAAAUAUUCGGUGGAAUUCACCAGCUGCAGGCUAUAAGCCUUUAGUUUGUUUUGUUUUUUAUUUUUGAUUUCUUAGCUUUAUCAACCCUACCUUGUUGUCCUUACCAUUCACUGGUCCAGUGUAUUUAUUUCCCUCCCUUCCACAUGCCCAUCACUGAAAAAAGCCCACAGUAACAUAGACAGAGACUGUGUACAGACCCUUUUUAAAUACACGUUGCAGCCUGGAGUUUGGCAUGGGAUGCUUGGCAGGAGGAUUUAAGUCUAGUUUAUUUAAGCACACUACAGUGCACUGAUUCACGAGGAGUUCCUCCUGUGUGAAGACCGAAGAGAGGAGCCCGGCACAGCUACUGUUUGUUUCCAUUUUGUAGUGCGACCAAAUGUGGUCCUUGAGCCUCAUUGGACAAUCAUUAACCGAGAUGCAGCGGGGAAAUGGUCAAUGCUUAAGAUGAUGGGAAAGAAUUUCACCAAUGCUCUAAUUGGAACAAGAAUUUAAAUUUCUAAUCGUGGCCUAAGUUAAAUUAGCGAUGCCCCUCCCAUGUUUCCCAUGUGCCUCCAUUCAGCAUUUCUGGGGUUGUCGACCCCAUUCAUCCCUCUCUCAUGAUACUUCUGCUACUGGGUUGUGAUAAAUUGCCUUCAUUGGAUUCUAGUUUAAUGUCUAUGUACCAUGUUUGGCUUUUUGGUGCUUGUGUAUAAAUGUAAAGUUUCACAAACACUGUAACCUUUGUUUAAUUGGUUUUUAUAUCUUCUUUUUAGUCAAGGUGAUGUUCCGUUUGCCUCUAUACCGUGUCUUUGCUCCUACUGACUGUGAUGACAUGUAUUUGCCUCAUUCCUCCACCCACUCCCCACUUUCUACUGUGUGUAUUAAUCAGUAAUGUUUGUGGUUUUUCUGCUGAUGGAUUUUUUUGAAAAAGACAAGGAAAAAAAAAAAAAGAGGAAGAAAAGAACCAGUAAAGAUAGCGUGAUGUUUUAGAGAUGAGGGGUGGUUGGUCUGACUGGUCGUUACCAUCUGUUUCUUUUGACAAGAAUAUGUAUGUAAAGACACUAAUGUUCAUUGUUUAAGAUGGGAGCAUUUCAAGGAAAAUAAAA